AUAAAAAAAUAGCCGUUACAAAAGCCAGAAGCGUCUAAAGCUCACCGGUUCAUCCUACCUUCCCAAUCAGUUAAAUUAAAUCCAAUUUUCAAAACUAAUCCAACGCCCUAAAACCAAGCCCACCAAAAAAAAAAAAAAAAAAAAAAAAAAAAACUAGCCGUUACAAAAGCCAGAUGCGUCUAAAGCUCACCGGUUCAUCUUUUUUCUCCCUUUCCUGUGAUCACUGAAUGCUACAAGCAGAAAAAAUACCCUAGCAAAUCCUAAAAACCCUAACUCCGAUCAACUUUUCAGCAACAAUUACAUUGCUCUUUUGAUGGAUUCAAACGGCAAAUCCAUUAGACUUACGCCUAAAAAAUGCUCCAAAAAUUCAGAGAAUCUGAACCCCAAUGUGGAACAACACAGUCCUUAUUUGUCAAAAUCUUCUAAAUCACUAUCAAUGGCAAAAUCGGCGAAGAAACCCCAAAAUUCAGUAUCCAGAAACCCUAACGCAAAUCAAUUGGCUUCGCCUUCUCCCAAAAACAAAAUUCGUCAAAGGAAGUUUGUGAUCGCAAAGAAGAAGAAGUAUAAUAGUGAUAUUGUGAACCCUUCAGUGGCUUGUUGUAAGUGUAAUAAGGCUGGUGGUGGUGAGAAAAAGAAGUGCCUUUGUGUUGCUUAUGAGAGCCUCAGGGCUUCUCAAGAAGAGUUUUUCAAGAAUCGCUGUGGAAAUGAACACGAAGAAAGUGAAAUAGAGAAGUUGGAUAAUGUAAAUGGGGCUGAAAUUGGCAAUGAAGAAGGAAUGAGUAACGAGUCCUUGACUCAAAGCAUUGAGACUGUGGAACUGGGUGAUCGUUGUGUGGCUGACGAAAUGGAGGAAAGGGCAAACGAGGAUGUGGGUUCGGGUGAAAGGAGCGGUGGAACUAUAAAGAGGAGGAGGGAGAGGUUGCUGGAAGAAGCAAGACAAAGUGUAUCUGAAUCGGGAAAAGUGAUGCAUUUAGUUAAGGCUUUUGAGAAGCUUCUUUCGAUACCAAAAACAAAGGAGUGUGAAGGGGAAAAGGAAACAGAAGAUUCUGGAAAGGGACAAAAAAGGGCAUUGCCUGGCUUACAACCUUCGAAGAUUCCUGCGACACAGAUGUCUUCUUCUUUGUUUUGUCCAUCAGAUUUUUUCCUCACCUCUGAGAGUUUAGGCUUGGAUUCACGUCGUGCCUCCUCAUUGGAUAGCAGCCACGGAAGCUUCAGUAUUUCAAGCAGGACUUCAGGUGGUGGUCGAAGGAGCAGACACAAUAGCGCUGAAUCAUCAGGCACAUUUACUAGAAGAAACUGGAAGAGAAGGCAGCUCAAAGCGACCUCACAAAAGCCCUUCAAACUUAGAACUGAGGAAAGGGGAAAAUGUAAGGAGGAAGAAUUUUUAGAGAAGGUGCAACAAAUGGCGGAGGAAGAGGAGAAACAGCGGAUACCAGUUGCACAAGGCCUUCCAUGGACAACAGAUGAGCCAGAGUGUUUGCCAAAGCCUCCUGUAAAAGAGAGCACAAGGCCAGUUGAUCUGGUGCUGCACAGUGAUAUUAGGGCAGUUGAACGUGCUGAGUUUGACCAUCAGGUGGCAGAAAAAUUGAGCCUUUUUGAACAAUACAAGAUGGAAAGAGAGAGACAACAGAGGAUGGCCGAGGAAGAAGAAAUUAGGAGGCUGAGAAAGGAACUUGUUCCAAAAGCUCAACCAAUGCCCUACUUUGACAGACCUUUCAUUCCUACAAGAAAAUGGAGGAGUAAACCUCUGGGAACAACUCAGUGAGACUAUAAAGGCCAAGAUUGGGACAGUUACAUAAUAAAAGUAGCUGGGGUAAGGGGAGCUCUGGGAAGAGCUCAUGGUCACAUAGAACUUUGAGAGGCAGUGGUCUUGGUCCUAGUAUGGGCCUUUCAAAGAUCUAAAAAGGAAAUAUGAGAUGAAGCAAAACUUGUAUAUAUUGUUUUUUACGCUCGAAAUUUUUUAGCUGAUUGAAGAGGGUGAACUCCGUCUUGGCAGGUAUAAGGGGAAAGAAGCUGCUUAUUGUAGCAGCAAGUUAGUGAUCUUAACGCAUUCCCCAGUAAAUUUUGCUAGUGUUAUCUACAAGUCCAUCCAUUUCAAAAAUUGUUCCAUAUGUAGCUUGCCAAAACUUGUUUACCUUUCUUGUAUUGUACUGCCAAGUUUCUGCCCAAAACUGGUUUGAGCUUUUGGUGUAAAGAAAUUCUAGCCUGUGUAUGCUUUAGCAUUAUUUCCUAGCAUUGAGUCAACUCACUGAAAAGGGGAUGUGAUAGCUAAGAGUUGGGCAGCAAACUAAUCAAAAGGGGGGAUGUGCCUUGCAAAAGCAUUUGAGACCUGGUAUGCAUUGAAGAAAGCCAUAAGGAAAGAAUUUGCACCUAGUCACUCAUCCCAAAGACUUCAACAAUCAUGCCCAACCUACCUAAGGAGUUCGUAAGCAUAUACUCUUCGUGGAGGAAUAAAGGGAGAGCAAGUUGAUAACCUUAAAGUGAAAAAAGAGAGGUAAUGUUUAAAAAUGAAAAUGAAUUAGUAAGAGGUAGCGGAGGCCGAUUCUAAGUUACUAACAUCCUGCAUUGUUGGUGAGGCAGUUACACCACGGAGAAUGGCACAACAGUAGAGGAAAUCAAGAAAAUUGUUGAUAAUAGAGGAGUGGUUGUUAAAAACUGUUAUAGAGAGGCGAACAAGGUAGCAGACAAGUUAGCAACACUAAGUCACAGACAUCGUCAACACAUUUUCUUUACAAACUUAGAAGGACUACCAAAUCAGGUUAGAGGUCUAAUUCAGCUAGACAGAUGGGAGUUGGCUUCAUUCAGGAUCAAGCAACUUAAGGCAGCAGCGAUACAGUUCGAGCCACCAUGAGUAC